CCUAUUCCCGCUCAAUGUAUUAAGAAUUCUUCAAGCAACAUUUUCGGCAACAUGUGUCCAGCCACUGACGCAAUACAUGCUGUCAUCGCUCGUGUAAGCUAUAACUGUCAAAAUACUCAAUCGAUCGCCGAAAGAGUUCAACUUCUGGCCGACGGGGUGUGAGGAAGUGACGAUGUGAAAGGCAUUUGACGCCAGGACAAGACUGAAUAGUAGCAAAUUCGAAUUUCCAAGUGCUAUCCUGAAUGAGCAUCGGCACCAUCUUCCGCGUUAUCAAGAUGCUGUACAGUGUGUUGUGGUAUACGGCGUCGUUGGUGUCAUUCAUGUUCAAUGCAUUCUGGCUGUGCUGUACACUCGCCUCGGCUGGGAUUCCUUGGGCCACCUUGCUCUUAGUCAUCGUUUGCAUCGCUUCGAAAUUCUUUAAAUUAAGUUCGCCUAACGAGAAGCAAUUGAACAGCCUAUUAGGUGGAAAUGUAGCUGACGAUCUGUCGUUCUGGCCUAUAGCACACCGUGGUGGAGCCUACGACGCUCCCGAGAACUCUGCGGCGGCAAUAAAGAAGUGUACGAAAAGAGGAUUUCGGAAUGUGUUGCUUGAUGCCGGGAUCACUGCGUGCAAUGAAAUCGUGAUAGUGCACAAAUCUACACUGCAGAAAGCCGGGCUGUGUGGGAGCAUCAGCAGAGUGACUAUGGAAACUUUGCAGAAUAUUAAUAUUUCGGAAUUGCAUCCAUUAGGGUCACAAUUUGAACCUGAGAAGAUUUUAACUUUAGGCAACCUUUUGCGCCUGCUCGAAGGAACAAACUUAACAAUAUUCCUGCUCAUCUCCGACAGUAGUUCGAAAAUGAUUGAGAAACUCAAAAGUACAAUAAAACUGCACGAAAGCUUUACACGGCGGGUCAUUGUAUGCAGUAAAUCACCAGUGGCGAUUUACCAGUUACGAAAAGUAUACCCUGAGCUAAUCUGUGGUCUAUGGUGUGAUAAAUCGCCAAGUCGAAUCAUCCUAAAAACAUCCACUCUACUAACCUCCAUUUACGGUGCAAUAUUCCGAAAUAUAAUAGCUCCUGUCAUCGGUAUAAGCUUAGUUUUUAUUAGCAAAGACGAGUUUAACUUGCACAUUUCUGAAUUAUGGCGCAAUGUUGGCGUUCGACCGAUCGUGUACAACGUGAAUUCGCCGAAUGAAAAACGUUACUUCCAAAAGGUAAUGAAAACUCAAUAUCUUACGGAUUCCUUACGAUCCGAACCACAACUAUUGGUUAAAACAUGAAAGACAACGAGAUUGUAUUGGUAAUUUUGUGAUCAAAAGUCGCGUUCGCCUUAUUCUUUAUUUAUUGUUUUUUUGGUUUCUACAUUUGAAAAAUAGGCCAGUAUGCAUUCAGUAUUUUACUUUAGGUCAGUGAGAAUGUGAGAAUUCGUUCACGUUCUUUCAUAUAUACCGCAAUUAAAUGAGAGGACAACUCCAUUUCAUAGCUUUCAUAUCAUAGCUCUUCAAAACUUUGUUUGGAGAUAUUGAAUGUGGAUAACCUGCAUAUCCUCAAUUCCUUUUCAAAUUUACUAGAAAUUGGAUAGAAGUAUGCUGACCGAAUACACUUUUUAUUUAAGGUGGCCAUUUGGUACUUUUUACCAAAUUUUUAAGAACUUUAUCUUCUGUAGAAAGAUUUAUUUAUACAUAUGCAAGUAAGUGUUGGAUUAUUAAAAAAAAGACAAAAUUGUCUCCAAUAUGGCGGUGAUAUGGCUGUCUAAAAAACACUUUUUUCAUUGGUUGACACAAUAUCGCAGCUCUGGGAACUCUGACGACUAAAAUUCAAAAUUAAAAUUGAAAAAAUAAUGAAGCCGCUAUAGUCCGUACCAGAAUCAAGAAUAUUGGAUGAAACAAAAAAUAAAAUUGCGUCAUUUCGAAUUUUUUUAUCCUUUUUUUAAGUUAUGCUUUUAAUAAUAAAUAAUAAGGACUAAAUAUUAAUGAAAGUUCAUGAUUCUGGAAAUCGGUAGAAUACAUCGUCCACAAUCAUUUGAAUCAGUCUAAAAACGGAGCUCGUUUAGAAAACCGAAUUUAUAAGUUGAUAAUAUGAGUGCGCUCUCAAAUCAAGCGAUACACACGUAUGCUGAGCGUGCAGACAUAAAAUUUUGUACGUUAUUUAUAUAGAUACAGACCAUAAGGCGAAAGUGUUUUUAGAUAAUCGAUUUUUUGAAAAGAAAAAGUUACCAGACGGUUCCCUUAAAUUCAAAAUAAGCGCAAUUGUGUGAUAUUCGUUUAACCAAACGAAAAAUCAAAACUGAAUCUCAACCACCACCUAUUAAAUUUGGAAGAAAAUUGUCAUUUAUUUCUACACGUGUUACGUCAACCAAUUUCCGUAGUAUUGGUUUAAUCGAGGUUCAUCAUAAAAGUGCACCUCUAUUGGAAUUUAAUUGACCUUGCACCUUUAUUGGAAUUCAAUUGAAAAUUGCGGCCGUACUGUUUAUUAAAUUCAAUUAAUUGUGACGUUUAGUCCAAUUGAAUCAAAAGGUAGGAACGUUGCUUUAAAUAAAUAAACAAUACAAUCGGAAUUUUCAGCGAAAGAAAGAAUGUACUGUCAAAUAUCUUAUCAAAUUAUCUAUUAUUGAAGCUAAUUUCUCUCUGCUUAAAAAAUUCACUUUGAAACGUCGACAUCAAUCCUCGAUGGAGUUGAGGCUGUUUUUGAACUGGCUAGGUAAAACCUACAAAACAAAGCUAGCUAAAAUGUUAUGACAAGCUGCUACCGAAUAGUUAAAGAAAUUGAAAACUUACCGCAGAAUCAUUUUGGAACGGACAGUGACCUCCUAGUGGUGAUUUUUCGUUGAUAAAUUUCUACGAAAUAUUUUCCGUAUUUGGGCACUGGGAGCAAUUGCACAAAGCGUCGAAAAGGAACAAUCUUGUCACAUGUAGCUCGUUAUUUGCUGAUCAGUUUUCCGGGGUAUCACGUUGCUGAGUACCAUCUAUAAGAUAUUCUCCACUAUCUUGCUAGGCCGGAUAGCCCCAUACGCUCAGAACAU